CAAAAACCAAGUGGCACCCUUAAACUGGUAAUAAAUGGUUGGUUAUUGUUCUGUCGUUACAUUGGUUGCACUGCGAAUUAGUGUGUAUUGGUGUGUGUAAUUAAGAAGUCAAAUUCCAACAAAAAAGCAAAACCAAGUACAAUCAAAUAGGUCUAAAUAAUUGUGGAGAAAUGUUUUUAACGCACUAAAUUUGCAUCGAAUUUGUGUUAAACCGUUGUUACUUAAAAAGUGAAAGAUGAAGUUUUGCUUCAAGGAAAAUGUGCAGCAAACAAAAUGAAGUGAAGAAAACGAAAACGGUCUCUCAAAAAAACGAGAGAAGCAAGAAAGUGUCAUUCGUCUAUUGCUACUGCUAAAAAGCAAAAGGCGAAAACAAGAUAGAAAAAGUAGUUAUUUGAAUUAUCCCAAUUAUCUGAAUCAUAAUAAUAAUAAAAGGACCGUAAGGGCCGAACCUUUAUAGAGGUGCGUCGAACUUAUAAAAUGUCGAAUUCUUCAGCGACUAAAGCAGAGCUGAGCACUGCCAAUACCAAUCCCACGCAAGCUUCUUCAAGCAAUAACAACAACAAUCACAACUGCAACAGUAACAACAGCAAUGCAGAGCAGCCACAGACGAAACGACAAAAAAUUGAAAAAAUCAAAUCGAAUCAGAAUAAAACUGCUAAAGUUAUUAAAUCAGCUUCCUCCAAAGUGGUGACAACUGCAGCAACAUCCCUGCCGCCUGACAUUAUUGAUACCGGUGGUUUACGCUGCUCAUCGCUUUCGUCUUCCGCCAAUUCAAUUUCGACACCCAGUUCGACAAACAAUUCUCCCACCUCUACCCCUGGUGGAUCACGUGCCACAUCGUUUUCCCAUUUAUUAAAUGAACAAGGAACGGUAGCCCACAUUCUGCCAGGAGUAAUAGAUAGUAAAAGCAGUGCAAGUGUUAACAUGUUAACCAAUCCGGAAAUGCCAACAAAGUGUGCAUCUGGCAUCAGUUCAGACGAAGUGGACCGAAUACCGUGCCAGAUGCCAGAUCUACUUCCGAUCACUAUAAAAGCAACCAAUUCCAAGCUUUUAACAACGAAAGCUAUUCAACAAAAAGAGACGCUAACAGAUGCUACGCUAAGAUUAGCUGCAGCUCAUUCUGAGGACAUGCGGGAAUUUGAAGCUUCGUUAAACAAACAAUGCCUAUGUGGUGUAUCUGAACGUACGCUUAGAAAACCGUUUCAAUCACAUUACUCGCUGGACGCGAAUGGACAAAAACGAAUUGCUAACCUCUCGGAAUGGCCAACGGAAAAACUUUUGCAAUUCCUUUCUAAUUUACAACUUUUAUUCGAUAUAUAUCUAAAACAAAAUUCGAAAGGAUUUAUAUGUGCACGUAUAAUGGAUGUCUGCGAUGUUCUUAUUCGUAACGAUCACAAUCUCAUUGAUGAAAUUAUUAUUUUGUCUGGGUACAAUAACGAAUACGUACAAUUUUUGGCUGCCAGAGUAUUGGCCUCAUUUUUGGUGAUCGCAAAGCAGGAGUUGGAUGAUAAUUGGCUUAAACAUUUGGUUGACAAUCUUUUUAUUUUUGAAAGGCUCGAUAGCGCGGCUGUACAGAAAAUCCAUUUCAGUUUGGAGAUCAUCAAAAGGAUAGUUGAGUGGAAAGAUCUUGACAUGCAUCCGCUUGAAGAUGAAAUUGCAGAUACGCAAGUAAGCAAUGAUGCUCAUACCGAACAGUCUAGAAAUGUUUCAAUCGCCAGUACUAGUGGCAGUGGUGGUAGUGAUUCUUUAGAUCCCGAAAGGUUUUUUCAUUUUCAACCACAACAACCAACAUUAGAAACGAACUACUUCGCAUUGCAGUUUCGUGGCGCUCUUAAUAAUACAGUCAGACACAAUCAAGAAGAUGAGGAUGGCGGAGAGGAAGAUAUCGAAAACGAUGAAGACGAUCUGGAUGAAGACGUGUUAGAGGAAAGUAUGGUUCAGGCGCAUGCGCGUAGGCAUCAUCAUCAUAUAUCACAAAUGUCGAUGCAACAUCACCAUCGUCAACAAUUUCCCUCAUACGGUAUAUUAGAAACGAACAUGCAAAACAACACAAGCUAUCUAUCUGCUAUACCCUACGAUCCAUCCAACUCGGUGGAGCAUUUUAUUAAUGCUCCUCCACAUACCUAUAAUCAAGAGAUAACUAUGCACCAAAACGCCCUGGAAGAAGACCAUCCCCACUCAUCGUUGUUGUUUAAUACUCACACAGCACAUCUAUCGAAUACAGUUAACGCAACAGAACUGAAUGAAGAUAUUAGCGAUGCGCAAUCGCAUCCCACUAAUCCCUUACCGCCUUCGGUUUUAUCAACAGGUUGCCAAAUAAUCACACUUACCGACUCUGAGAGUUUUGACACGUCACAUCUGAAAGGCGUCACAAUAAAAAUACUCGAAAACAAAUGGCCAGCACUGGUGAAGAAUAUGUCUGCGCUUAUUGUAAACCAUAUGCAUAUCGAUCACGCGGAACAUUGCAUACUUAAUUUCCUACAACUUUGGGAAAACAUAAUUUCUGUUAAGGCGAAUCUUUCUGUGGUCGAAACACGUCCGUUCUAUGCACAGCUAGAUAGAUUUGAAUUACUACUACAACAGCAACAGCUAUCAUGCACUAUCUACAAGCAGUUACUGUGCUUAUUUAACGAAGCACUCUGCUACGGUUCAACGCUGGCACUGCAGGACAUGUUGCCGGUGGAAACAUGUCGUUUGGCGCAGAGAAUUGUGCGGCAUGUAAAGGAGGCACGUAUACUGGACUCUCUACCAAGACGUCAGCCCGAAAAUAUGGUCAGUUUUUUGGGUUUCAAACGAGUGACUAUUACUUAUCAAGAGGAUACACCGAUAUCGAUCAAUCUAUCUACGCCACCUGUUGACUUGAAUAACUCCAGUUCUACUGCGCCGAAUAGACCGAUUCAUUUAGAUGCAAAUACCAUUGAAAUGGAUAGAACAAUACUGCAGAAAAUGGUGCUGCUAGUGCUCAAAUCUGUUGCUGUAACUGUAAAAGAGAUACGCAGCGAUUCAUCGGACUCUUCCAUUGACUCUCAUGAUUGUGAUGCCUAUCAAGACAUGGUGCUGAUAGAGCGUUCUAUACGCGAUGUGCUGAGGAAGUUGGAGUCAUUUAUAAAACACAAACUAGAAUUUCAUCCUGAAUGUCAUUUUAGCAAAAUACUCAUACAUCUAUUCGAUGAUCAAGAUGAUCAUUUAAUUGAAGCGAUGGUUUGUACUUUGGACGUAACAGCUGGCAUUUCAUUUCGCAAUAAUGCAUUUCCUGAGCUUGUAUCGAUGUUGAAUCCCGUGUACACGUUUCUAGAGUUCCUUAAAAUGAUAUCCAACAGCUCAGACCUUCUACUGGAUCUACUUGUUAGCAAUGAGACUUGUUUCCUGCUGUACUUGUUGCGUUUUUUAAAAUAUAUCCGAGCCAACUGGGAUAUGUUCCUGCGCAGUUGCCAUGAUUUUGGUAUGGGUGCGCCUACCCUAGACGAAGCAAUGAGUGUCCUGAUACGCUUGCGCCUACACAUCUCACGUCUUGUAGCUCGACAACUGUAUCCCUAUGAUAUAUCACCUGUGCUCAGGCUGCUAGAAAGCUGCGAAGGUCUUUACGAAGGCAACGAUCGCAGUCUAACGUGAAAUGUUCCUCGGAUGGUACUCGUAAAAUCAAAAGUAGCUUAAAAUAUUUCGUCAGAAAAAGUUAUUUAUUUAUUUAA